GGCCUUUCCUGCUCCCUGUCUUGUUCAGAGCCAGGCUCUUGGAGUCGACGACCGCGCCAGCUCGAAACCGCCGCAGCGAGCGCGGCUCGAGUCCUUUUUGGCUUGGGCUCGCCCGACUCGGGGUGACUUCUGACGACGACGCGGCAUGGGCAAUUGCGCCGGGGUCUCUGGGUACAGCCUUGAUGCCACUGCCGAGGGUGUGAUUUUCGAUGCGCACUGUUCUUACUAUGACUUCCUGCAGGAGACGGAGGGCGCACCCAAGCUCAUGGAGGCCAUGGAGGCCGCGAGCGUGGCGAGCGCCGCAAUCUUUGGCAACGCCCUGAAGAAGGCGCACGUCACGGGGGAGAAGCCGCCAGAGCACGAGGUCUUUGAUGACGGAGAGCUGUAUUACUUCAGCGCCACAGACUACCGCCUCGCCGUCGACCUGGCCAAGCUGCCGCCGAGGCAACGCGAGAGGCUCGCCCUUUGUGUGUGCGGCGUCAACCUGGGCGACCAAACAGCUCCGAAGCACCUGCUGGACGUCCUGGCAGACUUGCCAGACACCAAGGCCGUGGGCGAGCUCGUGCUGCGGGGUGGCCUCAAAACCAACAUGGUGCUGCGCGGCGCGGGCGCGGCUCUGAGGGAUGCCAACCUGAAGAAGGUCUUCGAGACAGCCGAGCCUCGCCGCCUUCCGUUCAUCCUGAAGUGCAACGCCUGCGCCCGGAGGGGCUGGUCCGACCGCCGCACCUUCCAGUACUUGGAGGAGCUCUCGGACGUCGCCACGGCACGCCCCGGUGUGAUGAUCAUAUGGAAGGCCGCCGCGGAUUCCUGGGCGGCUGUUGGGAUGGUUACAUGGCAAAGUUAGUGGAGUUUCUCAACGGGCAUCGUAAUGUGCACAUAUCCGUAACUGCUGGCAUUCUCGAUCAUCCAACGUUUAAGCAGGACGAUUUUAUCAGCUUGUGUGCGAAUUUUCCGAACAGGGUGGUGCUGGGAACCACUGCGCGCGGAUAUUUCACAAAAAAACAAGAGACCGCGUGGGAAAAGAAAGGUUACAUGGAACAGUGUCGGCGACUGCACCAGUUUGCUGACAUCUUAGCAGAACGGUUUGGUACGGAUGUGGCGCGUGCUGUCCGUUUUGGCAACGCGGCGCGUCUGUUCGGCAUGCCUGGCGCCAACGACGGCACGCUUUCGAGCAUCGCGUUGGACCAGCAUCCCGUCGUUACUCCGGAAGCGCCCGAGGACGGUCUCCACGAGGACCACAAGGCCAGAGUCAACAUGGCAGCGCACUACGGGUCCGGGAAGUGCUCCACGAUGCAAAAGCAUUUGGAGUCGGCCCCGUCGUCGCUGACGACGCAGGCUCCGAGCCUGGCCCCCGCUGGGAAGAAGGAGUGGGAGAGCGUGGAUUGUCAUUUUCACCUCUUCGAUUUUUCCCAGAAGAGCUGCGGUACCGCCGCCGCUUUGCGGGCCCUCGACGAGGCCAAGGCGGAGAAGGCGGUGUUGCUGGGGAUUCCCUGCUGCAAGAAGUGGAACAGCAACCAGAAGGAGUGCCCCCUGUUCUACACCGACGAUAAUGCCCCGUGCUACUUCUACUCCUUCGCCGAUCAGAUGAUGGUUGAUGCGUGGUUGGCUCUCCCAGACAAGAGCCGCAGACGUCUCGCGCCGCUUAUAUCAGGCUUCGACCCCACAGACAAAAACUCCAUCAACCAUGUGAAGCGAACUUACGAAAAGUACCCAAGAUUGUGGCGAGGCCUCGGGGAGAUCAUGUGCAGACACGAUGACCUUACCAGCACCAUGAUGAACAAGGAAGUUCCCGUUCCGAACCACCCAGCUUUGGACUCCAUCUACACGUUUUGUUGUGAGAAACAAUUGCCAGUGAUGGUGCACUCAAAUGCCGACCGCGUCGCUCAUAAAAGCACAGGAAGGCUCGAGUACGCUCCUGAGGUAACCAGCGUCCUUGAUCGUUUUCCUAGCCUUAUCUUCAUCUGGUGCCACGCAGGAGUGAGCAGGCAGACAGCAGAUCAGCACCAGGCUCACCACAUCGACGACCUGAUGACGAAGUACCCCAACUUGCACGCCGACAUAUCGUGGGUUGUCUGGGAGCAGUCGAUCUGCGACGAGAACGGGGAGAUUAAGCAAGAUUGGUUGGAUGUCAUCGAGAAGCAUUCUGACAGGUUUAUGAUCGGCAGCGACAAUACGGGCCAGUUUUGGACUCCAGACCUCAAGAAAAACACACUGAAAGGGCAGAUCACCAAGUAUUGGCCACUAUACGAAAAGCUGAGCCCCCAGGCUGCUCAGCGCGUGUCCUGUGGAAACGGAGAACGGAUUUUCUUCAGCAGCUGGACCGUGCCACUCUCCACCGACGAGGACGCGCGGUACCACACUGGCCCAAGGUGCUACCCGUGCGAGUUCCUGGACAUGUUCGAGAGAGAGUACAUCCCAGGGCAGGGCGACGAUGCGAUGUUCUAGAUGCCUUCUGCGAAUGGGCCCUGCGUCGCGGGCAUCGCGCGGAUCUAGACGUGGUGCCACGCGGCGGCACAGCGGGAGUUGGCCGCGUGGGCGGGCAGGGGGGGGAGACAGUGGCGGGCGCCGCGGGCGCAGCUGACGUGCGGAGGGAGAACGCCAGGAGGUGGGCCAAAGCAGCGGGUGAGAAGGCGCCGGUGCGUGACCCGCCUGGGGCGGUAGGCGACGACCGCCACGCGGGGUCCUGCGUGGCCUGGGGCCCGGCACGCCGUGCACGGCGAGGGCGCGCCCCGGGCCGCCGCGCCCUCUCACUUCUCUCUCUUCGGCCCAGCUCAUGCAGGGAGCGGGGGCCUCUUUUCGGGGGCGCACGACCGAGCAGUCCCAAAGGGGCGGACUGCCUAUGCGCUUGCCAGCGAGACCGAGCAGUCCCAAAGUGGCGGACUGCCCAUGCGUUCGAAUUUUGAUCGAUUAUUUCGUUGCCGUUUUUUUUUGGCGCGUACCGUUCAAACCUAUGGAGUAGAGUGGCCCAGUGUUGGCAAAUUUUGCGCGGCGGUUGCACGACGACGAUGGGCGCACCAUAGAACCCUGCACGACAGCCCAUCGUUGUUAAGAUUUUCGUGGCGGUUGUAAGCCGAGCGCGGGCGGGCACGGUGAUCGCGCGCAUUCUGGGUGUUCAUAUUCGUUAGGGUGGCG